CUCCGACCUUCACAGGCGUGCGCGAUGGUUUCGCGUGCGAGACUUGGCUCACCCAGGUUCGGCGUUUUUUUCGCGAUGCAAACCGCACUGUCACCGCUAUUGCCUACCUGGGUGAAGCUGGCCUCCUGUGGUGGGACGGCCAAUACCGUUCGGACGACACCGACUGGCUCGACUUCGAGAAGGCUUUCCGCGAGGAGUUCCGCCCUGCUGGUUUCCAUGACCACAUACGAGCAUUGCUAUUCUCCAUCAAGAUGA